AUGAGGGGGAUAAAGAUUCCGGAGCUGGGUGCUAGCUCCUACAGCUGGAGUGAUGUGUUGGCGCUACCCAUUUUCAAGGAGGAGGAGUCUGGCCUUCCAUUGGAUGGAGACCCCAAACAGCCGCCCUUCCAGUAUGUGCUGUGUGCUGCGACAUCCCCGGCUGUUAAACUGCACGAUGAGAGUCUCACUUACCUGAACCAAGGUCAAUCCUAUGAAAUCCGGAUGCUGGACAACCGGAAGGCGGGAGAUGUGCCUGAGAUCAGUGGAAAGUUGGUGAAGAGCAUCAUCAGAGUCGUGUUCCAUGACAGACGACUUCAGUACACGGAGCACCAGCAGCUGGAGGGCUGGAAGUGGAGUCGCCCUGGGGACCGCCUUCUUGAUCUCGAUAUUCCAAUGUCUGUUGGAGUCAUUGACAUAAGGACAAAUCCAGGCCAGUUAAAUGCAGUUGAGUUUCUCUGGGACCCUGCAAAACGCACAUCCGUUUUCAUUCAGGUCCACUGCAUCAGCACAGAGUUUACCCCCCGGAAGCACGGAGGUGAGAAGGGGGUUCCUUUCAGAGUCCAGGUCGACACAUUUAAACAGAAUGAAAAUGGCGACUACACAGAUCACCUGCACUCAGCCAGCUGCCAGAUCAAAGUUUUUAAGCCUAAAGGAGCAGAUCGAAAGCAGAAAACAGACCGAGAAAAGAUGGAGAAGAGGACGGCCCACGAGAAGGAAAAGUACCAGCCUUCCUAUGACACCACCAUCCUCAGUGAGAUGAGGCUUGAGCCUAUAAUGGAAGCUGCAAUUGAACAUGAGCAGAAAAGGUCCAGCAAGCGGACUUUGCCAGCAGACUGCGGCGAUUCUCUGGCAAAGCGCGGCAGUUGUUCCCCGUGGCCCGUCACGAGUGCAGCCUACGCCAACGACAGCCCUGGGCCUGCUCUCACCUUCACCUCUGCCCAGCACAGCACCUACAGCGUCCCGGAGAGCAACUCUUCCUCCCCAAAUCACCAAGGAGACGGCACUUGUCUCGGCAUCAAUGAACAACUCCAGCCAUCGGCUACCAUCCAGGAAACCCAGCAGUGGCUGCUUCGGCAGAGGUUCACCUCCUACGCGAGGCUCUUCACCAACUUCUCAGGUGCAGAUUUAUUAAAAUUAACAAAAGAGGACCUCAUACAAAUCUGUGGCCCGGCCGACGGCAUCCGGCUCUAUAAUUCUCUGAGGUCAAGGACUAUUAGGCCCCGUCUGACCAUCUACGUCUGCCAGGAGCAGCCCAGGGGCCCACGGCUGGAAAGGCAGCCAGACGCAGGCCAUGGAGAUCAUAGUAGCAAUGGUGCAGUCUACGUUUAUCACGCGAUUUACCUGGAAGAGAUGGUGGCCUCAGAAGUUACACGGAAACUGGCUUCGGCAUUCAAUGUCCCUUUGCACCAGAUUAACCAGGUUUACAGACAGGGUCCCACCGGUAUUCAUGUCCUCCUUAGUGACCAGGUGGUGCAGAACUUUCAAGACGAGAGUUGUUUCCUGUUUGCCACAGUGAAAGCGGAGAACGGCGAAGGGUUCCACAUCAUCCUGAAGUGAAAGCCGCCGCGCUGGCCUCGCCUCACCACCACCGAAGCCUCAUUUCACCCGGUGGGUACGAGACCGGCCCUCGGGGAUGCCAGGCCUGGACUUCACCACUUACCGACGUUUCAUACUGAAAAUGCGAGGUGGCCUCCGCGCCGCACUGCCUCGGGGGACUCGCUUCUCUCACUGCCAUCGCCACAAGGCCUCCCGGGAGGCAGGACGACGCGGAGACUCGGCCGGGGACCACCUCGCUCCCCCUCCCCCUCCCCCCACUGUGUCUGCUUGGAAACGAACGUAGCCCCCGUGUGCCGGGGGGGCUCAUCCCCAGCGUUCCCCCCCUUCCCCCCCCCCAGUGACUUGGUGAGGCCCGGGAGCAGGACGCCCAGCAUCCACAGACCAAUCAGGUUGGGGGUCAGUCAGAAGCCUGUCCGGCCUCCUGAAAGCAGGCGGAAAUCAUGUCCGAGCACGGCGGCCGCAGCCAGCCAAGGGCAGAACCUGCUGGACGUGCUCCCCUUCCUGGCGCCCUCGCUCUGCUUGUCGACUUUCCCUGUUUUUCUGUCCUUUUACUCCCUUCCUUUUUUUAAAAACAUGUUGACGUCUCGGCCUGGACGCCAGAAGGAAGAGGCCCGGCGCCGAGAGCUCCUGCCCGGCCCGGGGAGCCGACGUCCGCACCAGACUUCUCCGGGCCCUUCCCGGCGGUCCGAGGGGCCGCUCGGGAGUGUUUUCCCCCUUUGCCAUUUCCGUGACAUCUUUCUGGCCAAACUGUUGUCAGCAGUCAAGUGUGGGGUUGUUUCGGAGCUCCUCUGUCAUGCCUAGUGUAGUAGCACACACUGAAGAUACACAUGUUGGCUUUUGUCCCAUGCAUGUAUGCAUGUCUGUACCCAUGUGUGUAUUCUGGGUUUCUGGUGGAUAGGCUGGUUCUGUAUCUUCUUUUCCUCGCUGGGACGGGUUCUAGCUUUAAAAUCUGUCGUGCUUGUGUGGAGACCCCAAGGAGAGCCGAUCCCCCCCGCCCGCCCACCAGCGGUGUCGACCUUGAUUCUUCCCGUCGGAGACUUCUCACAACGUCCUUGGGCCUCGCGGGAGCCUUCACACGACCAAAUAGUUCAUUCCCUGGCGAUCCCGAGGGCGAGGACGAGCUGCUGGGGCCGCUUCCGUCGGCGAGGGCUCGUUCUGCAUGUCGGUGCCCCUCGGGGUUCCGUCUGGACCUCGGCGCGUGGAGAACCACCUGACAGGCCCCUCUGCACGGCUUUGAAGUGGGGAAAUAAAUGGUUCACAAAUUGUUCUUCAGUUUAGCCCCCAGGCACCUGGAAUUAAAUGAUCACACCAGCAAGUCGCUGUUUUAAGGAGUGGGAUGUACGCCUUUUAGUUUAACUGUAAUAAAUGUUUUCUGGA